UCAAGGGUGUGAGCAAUGCAGCAUUCCUUGGAAGAGUCCAUAAAAGAAGUAAAAGCCAUCGGCGCUGGGCUCAUACGCUGGCUUUUGACCCUCACUUUGGCAAUGAUGCUCCGCGUGCCUGACACGCUUUCCGCGAGGUUUGACUUUGGCACAUUGUCACGCGGUAACUGCUCCCUGGUCUGGCCGACAGCGUUGGUCACUCUGCUGAUCGCCUUCAUCUGCGUGAGGAGUUCUGUGUGGACCAGGUACAGUGCCUACAGCUACUUUGAAGUGGUCACCAUCUGCAACUUGAUAAUGAUCCUCGUCUUUUACCUGGUGCAUCUCUUCCGUCUCUACCGCGUGCUCACCUGCAUCAGCUGGCCCCUGUCGGAACUUCUGCACUAUUUAAUCGGUACCCUGCUCCUCCUAAUCGCCUCCAUUGUGGCAGCCUCCAAGAGUUACAGCCAGAGCGGACUGGUAGCUGGAGCGGUGAGGACGGUCUCGGGGGACACUUCACGAACGAGUUCACCUCUAAUCUUCGGUUUCGUGGCCACCUUCCUCUGCCUGGCGAGCAUAUGGCUGUCCUACAAGAUCUCGUGUGUGACCCAGUCAACAGAUGCCGCCGUCUGAGGACACCCUGCGCCCCGGCCCGAGGCAGGCCCUGAGACGGGAGCGUCGGGGGGCCGGCGCCCAGGACGGGCUUCUGAACCUCUGCUCCUGUGCCAAAGCCCUGCCCACACUGCUGGGCACAAGAGGGGCCCUCGGCGUCCU